GCAAGAAGAAGGGCGUGGCUAAGCGGACUAUGGGCCGGGGCGCGAGUGGAUGACGUCACGCGGCGUGUGCCCAGGUAGCCAGUAGUAACCCCGAGUCCGCGGAAGUGGAGACCUGUGGUCAGGAGGCUGAUACAGGGGACUGAAGGUUGUGGAACCAUAAUUUGUGACAUCAGGUGUUUUUUGUAAGCAGACAUUUAUGAUUCCAGAAGAUUGAGGCAGAUAGGAAGCCCCUUCUGAGAGUUUAACAAAACUCUCCAGCAGCAAACUACACCAUGGACAUAAAGCUGGACCCUUCCCGAGAUGACCUACCUCUCAUGGCCAACACCAGCCACAUCCUUGUGAAGCACUACGUACUGGAUUUAGACGUGGAUUUUGAGCAUCACGUCAUUGAGGGCACCAUAGUGCUUUUUUUCGAGCCUGGAGACAAACUCAAGAAACAGAGUAGUUCCUCUGAGGUAACCUGCCCAUCGGAGUCGAACGAAGUCCAUGAAUUUAGGAUGCUUGAAUCCUGCCAUACUCCUGUGACAAACACAGGGACCUUCUCAUCUAAAGUGGGAUAUAAUGAUAUUACAAUCUGUGGUAAACGUGAAAGAGAUACUUCUGUCGAAGAUGAUAACCAUGACAACCGGGAACAGGCUUCUGGGAUUCCUAGUUCAAAGUGCUGCUUUGACACGGGGAAUCAUGGGAGUGAGAAUUUUUUGCUAGUGUUGGACUGCUGUGAUUUAUCUGUGUUGAAGGUUGAAGAGGUGGAUGUUGCUGCUGUGCCAGGUAUUGAAAAAUUUACAAGGUCUCCCCAGCUCAUGGUUGUUUCUGAGGAGCUCAGGAAUCAGAUUGUACAUGAACUCGCGGCUCUGCCUGCAGAUCGUUGGAGGGAGCAGUUAGACUAUUAUGCACACUGCAGCCAGGCUCCCGGCUGUGGGGAACUCCUGUUUGCCACCGACACGUGGAGCUUACAGAUCAGGAAGGCAGGGGCUCGGACAGCCACUGACUUCCCUCGCGCCAUAAGGAUAUGGUACAGAACCACACCCGAGGGGAGAUCAGUUACGUGGACCUCAGACCAGAGUGGCAGGCCAUGUGUUUAUACCAUGGGAUCCCCCAUAAACAACAGGGCCCUUUUUCCAUGCCAGGAGCCACCCGUUGCCAUGUCAACAUGGCAGGCCACAGUUCGAGCAGCUGCAUCUUUUGUUGUUUUAAUGAGUGGGGAAAAUUCUGCCAAGCCAACACAGCUUCGGGAAGGGUUCUCGAGCUGGCAUUACUACGUAACCAUGCCAAUGCCAGCCUCCACCUUCACCAUUGCAGUGGGAUCGUGGGCAGAAAUGCAGCCAGAGGCCUGCUCAUCAGACGGUCUGGCAGCAGAGAGAGCCUUCCUACCUCCCGAGGCCGACUUCAGGUAUGCUGGUGCUUGCGGUCAUAUGGAAUAUCCCUGCCGCUUCCAGAAUGUUUCCACCACCACGCAGGACAUCAUUCCUCAUCGGGUCUUUGCUCCAGUGUCCUUCAGAGAUGUCUGUCAAGAGACCCUUCUGCAGCUGAUCCCUGCUUGCCUCUCAGCAGCACAUUCUAUCCUGGGAACACACCCGUUCUCCAGGCUGGAUGUACUAAUUGUCCCUGCCAACUUUCCAAGUCUGGGGAUGGCCAGCCCACACCUCAUCUUCCUCUCCCAGAGCACCUUGACUGGAAGCAGCCACCUCUGUGGGACCCGCCUUUGCCAUGAGAUUGCCCACGCCUGGUUUGGCCUAGCCAUUGGGGCCCGAGACUGGACAGAGGAGUGGCUGAGUGAAGGGUUUGCCACUCACUUGGAGGAUGUAUUUUGGGCUGAAGCACAGCAGCUGGCCCCCCAGGAGGCCCAGGAGCAGCAAGAGCUGCGCGCCUGCCUGCGCUGGCACCGCCUCCGGGACGAGGUGCUGAACUCGGCUGAAGAGCUGCAAGUGCUAAGACCUAACAGAGAGAACACUGGGCACGUGAGUGACUCAGGAGCAUCGGUUGUCAAACAUGGACUCAAUCCAGAGAAGACUUUCAUGCAGGUUCAUUAUUUGAAGGGCUAUUUCCUUCUUCGUUUCCUUGCCAAAAGAUUUGGAGAUGAAACCUAUUUUUCGUUUUUAAGAAAAUUUGUGCACAGAUUUCAUGGACAGUUGAUUCUUUCCCAGGAUUUCCUUCAAAUGCUGUUGGAGAACGUCCCAGAAGAAAAAAGGCUCGAGUUGUCUGUUGAAAACAUCUUCCAAGAGUGGCUUGAGAGUUCCGGAUUACCAAAGCCGUUGCAGAGGGAGCGCCAGGCCGGGGCGGAGUGCGGGCUCGUGAGGCAAGUGAGCACCGAGGUCACGAAAUGGAUUCGCACGAACCAGAGACCCAGAAAACGGAAACGAAGGGAGAACAAGGAGGUGUUUGCAAAGCUUCUUCCAGACCAGCUGGUCUUGCUUCUGGAGCGUCUCUUGGAGCAGAAGACCCUGCACCCGCAAACCCUGCAAAGCCUCCAGCAGACAUACCGCCUCCCUGAGCAGGAUGCAGAGGCAUAACAACUUCUUCGAGACCCUGCUUUCCAAGCUCUACCUCUGGGGAACCCAGGGCCCCACAGAGGAGUUUUAUCUUAAAACUUAAAGGAAGACUUAAACUGCUUGAGGAACAUGUCUGUAUUCUUAUUAUAUUUUUAUAUAGAGGGGUUCAACAUAACACUUUUAUUAAAAGCUUAAAGAAUUAUGUUUAAGAACAGUUUGAAAAUCACCUUGGAAAACUGAAUCUCUGUGAUAAUAAACAGGCUCUUGGGAACGUAUCUGUGUAAGAAUUUUUAUUUCUCUGAAGUAACUUUGUGGAAGACACUAAAACUGAAGUAAAGAAAACAAAAGCUGGAGAUACUGGCUGCAGAAGAGCACUGAGAAUUGUGAAGUAUCAACAACAAUAAGCUGGUAACACGUAGAAUAUGGGGUGUGCAACCUCCCACAUUGGUACCCAGAAUGCAGGGCCUUGUCGCACUCCUCCUGCCUGUCCGCCCUCUCACCCCCUUUCCUGCCACACUAGGAGCCAGUCUCUGUCCCUCCACAAGCCCAGUCACUCACCUCCUGACAGGCACUUUGCUCUAUCAUUUCAGUAGCUAGCAGACAUUUCCUUGGAGUUUACACACCCAAAUUUUUAUCAAAUCAGCAAAUAAUAGAACUCUUGAAGUAGAGAAGAAAGCCAGAAACACACUGCUACCUCUGAAGCAUCAAGUACUUGCUAUGGGGAGUUCACUGCCCAGAGCCCAGAGGUCGAGGCUGCUCUGCCCACCUGGCAGGACGGGAGCCUAAUGUGGGGAAGGUGGACUGCUCAACUGACGUGUAGGGGUGUGGCAAGCCUGGGCCUCCAGCCUCACUGGGCUCUUGAGGCUAAGCUCCUAGUUUUUGAAACUGUAGGUCAAAACAUUGAGGGUCAUAAGAUCAAUUUAGUAGGUGACCAAGCCAACCCCUUGCCAUUGAGUUGACUCUUACUCACAGUGACCCCAUGUGUGUCACGGAAGGACUGUGCUCCAUCGGGUUUUCAAUGGCUGUUAUCUUAUAAAAGUAGAUCACCAGGCCUUUCUUCUGUGGCGAUGCUAGGUGGAUUUGAACUGCCAACCUUCUGGUUACUAGCUAAGAACAAACUGAGCCACCCAAGGACCUAAUAGGUCACCAAGCAACAUUUAAAAAAAAGAAAAUGUCAGUGUAUUGUAUAGAGUGAGGAAAAAUAUCAAAAAAUGAAGCUUUGUUUCGGUGUGGGUUUGUAUACACAUAUGUACAUGGGCAUCCAUUACUGGCCAGCACGCUAGCCCAUUCCAUAGCCGCCAGGCCUGUGUAUAGUUGGCUGCGAUGAAUGUGUUUGGAACGAUUGAGCCACCAGCCUCAUAAGAGAGCACUUUGUGUUUGUGAGCUGCAGAAUUCCUUUUGGACACCCAGACCAUGUGUCUGCUCAGACCUUUCACCACACAGGUACACCCUACUUUCCCACAGCAAGAUCCCAUUCUGGGGCAGUUACACAGGUGAUUCAAGGUCUCAGUUCUGUAUCAUCAGAUGUAGGGCGGACAUGAAUGGCCUCACAUGCCUGCCCUUUGUUCUUCCCACCCCAGACUCUCAGAACCUCCCAUCUGUACCCAGCCCCACAGAAUACCUGGGGUGGGAGGGGCGGUGAGCCAGUCCCAGUGAUUGUUGGUGUCUGUCUGUGUACUCAGUACCAUGCUCUAGACUUCAGGAACCUGGAAACUUUUAGAAUCUCUUUCCAGUGGUGCUGUGUGAAAACCGCACUGUGUGCUAAGUGAGGGCCGCGCCCACACCUGCCAGCCGCGUUUUUCAGGUCAGUUCAGCACAAUGUACUGAGGGUCCCUCGAGCUGCAAAAUUUUAAAAGCAGAUUUUCGGACUCAGACUAGUUUUAUUGGACCACAGUAUUCAAGGGCACACAUUUUUAUAUCAUUCAGGACUUGAUGUCACUGCAUGUUAUGGGGAGACUCCAGGGAUCCACAGUCUCUCUGUGUCACCAUUAUCAGCAGCCCCUAUGCUGAGUGCUUUACACGUUCUGUGCUAUCCUCACCUCACCGUCUGAGGCGAGGAGUUACUGCAGAUGAGGAGACAGGUAGCAGGUGAGGCCGUGGUCUGCGGAGGUAGGCCUGCCCCCCACCCUGCUCCCACCCCUUCUGGCCCAGCCUGCCUGUCUGUUAUCCCCUCUGCUCCUGAGGACUCCGUGAGGAGGCAGGUAAGGGAAGCCUUGGUAAACAAAACAGAAAGGGCGCCCAAGUGUGAGGUGGGCCUCUAAGAAGAGGCUGGUACAGCGAAGGCGCAGGUUACAUGACCACCAGGCCCUGCACCUCCCCACCUCUCCAGCUCCCAGUCUGCUUACUUCCAAGACGCCUUUUCCUGAUUUUUUUCUGCAUUCUUCCUCUGUCCCUACUUGCUGCUGUUUUCCCCCUUCUCCUUCCACCCUCCCUUUCCCCAUUCUCUUCCUUGUUCCUCACCUCCUUAUCUGGGUGUGACAAAUUGAUGUGUUUGAGGCUAAACUCUUGGCUGACCCUAGACUUUUAAGUGAUCGUAGCAUGAGGUUGUAGUGACUUGAUGUAUUUUAUUAUCUCAUAGUUUUAGAAGCCACUACGCUUUUCAGCUCCAUUGAGACAUGAUGGAAGUACCAUAAGAUGUGACUAUUUAGUGUACGGCUUGAUCAGCUUUGACAUGUGUAUGCUCCCGUAGAACAUUAAACAAAUCAAGAAGCCAUGGAAAGAAAAGAUUAAUAAAUUCAGCUACACACAAUUCAAAAUUUUUGCAUGGCAAAGCUGUCAUGAACACAGUUUCAAAAAAAAUAGAUUGACAGACUUGAGGAAAUAUUUGCGAUUUAAUCAAAGGCAAGAGCUAAUUUCCCUCAUAUUAAAAAACAAGAGUCCAACAAGUUAACUAGAAGAAGCCAGUAAUCCAGUAGAAGAGACAGUUCCUGCGAACGAGCUCAUGCCUGCUGCCACGCGCUCAGCCUCCCUCUGAUGGGCUUUAAACUGGCCAAGAGGCAUCUUCACCUGCUCCCUGUCCACAGGCCCCUGUGGUCCCUGGAGUGGGGAGGCCCGGCCAGGAUAUGGGGACACAGGACCCCAGGUCCCCCUGUCCUUCAGGCCCAUCCCUGGUGGGCGCCCUUGAGCCUGCCCCUGCCUGUGUGAAUAGUCCCUUCCUCAAGCUCUCUUCCUCAAAAGCAAACUGCCUGCCUCCUUGGGUACCGUUGUUGACUUAUCGACAGCGCCAUGGCUGGGUGGUGGUGAUGGCGGGAGUGUGCUGCUGCAGCCUUGUGAAAGGCACUGAGGCAAGACCCAAACCUCCAUGCCUAGAAGCUUAGGCACAGAUACCCUCAGACAUCUGAAGUGACACGUGUACCCCACUUUCCAUUGCGUUGUAGGUGGUUCUCAGUCUUCACCAUACAAACAAAAUACCAUCAGCGGGGGUCUGACUAAGUUGUGCUACAACUGUUAAUACAGAGAAGGAGAAACUGCUUUGUGUGCUUAAGGAACAAGUCAAAAUAUUCUUUAGUUAAAUUUAAAAAUAAAAUCAGAGUAGAGAUUAGUGCGAGCCAUGCUGUUAUUUGUGUUAAAUGGAAAGGAAAGGCUAUAGAUAGAAAUUGUAUGUGUGUUUAUAAAACAAACUGGUAUAGUAGUCUCUGGGAAGAAAAUACUUUUUUUUAGUGUUUUGUGUAUUACUGUAGAAAAAGAAUUCGAGUGUAAAGAGAUGGGAAAUGUUUCUUAGCAGGUUGAUUUUUGGUUUAGUUUUUAUGUGUAAUUGAGAUCAGUCUCAAUCUGGUUGGGACUGAAAUGAAACUGUUAAAUUUUUCUCCGGUGUUUGCUCCCAGCCGGUCCAGGUCCAGUGUCCCUUCUCCUCCAGGCAGCCAAGCCCUUGACACUGUCUGGGGCAGGUGCCACAUGUUGCCCCCAUCCCCAGUGUAAGAUUCCAUCCUCCUGUUUUUUUGGGUGUCUGGGUCCAGGCUGGGCUGCAGCCUGCGGCUGGACGAAGGUCUGAGCUGAUUGGUCCCCUGAAAGAAUGGUGGGGGCGGGCCUGCAUGGAGGCCUGGUUUUACCAGCCCUAUAGCCAUUGCUGCUGCCCCUAAGGUGCAGAUGGCCCAGGGCACCCUGUUUUAUAAGUCCAGGAAGCUCUAAGUCAGUGCUCUGGCCAGCCUUCAGCCUCUGGCCAACCUUCAGCAUUGCUCUGGGCCUCCAGUGAGAGUGGGUGCAGAGAAAGACCAAAAGAACGUGGCCCUUGCCCUGGAAAAGCAAGCUCCUUCCCAGUCCUGACAAGAGGACUGCAGAUCAAGGGGCUUUGUCAGGACCAAGAAUCGCCCACAGGGGUCUGUCCCACCCCCACCCCAGCAUGCUGUGAGGGGCAGAGCAGAGGGUCCCACCAGCACUCCUGGGGAGAGAACAGUGGGGCUGUGGGGAAGGCUGGGACACUGGGGGUAGAAAAGACACCCACAGAAGCCUAUAGGGCUCCAGCUGCUGACAUCUGUGUGUAGCACCCCUGUUGCUCAUUUAUAAUCUAACUGAGGAAGUUAGAAAGGACUUAAGGUGACUAAGUUGACCUUCAAGUUGCCUCCAACUCAUGGUGACCCCAUGUGUGUCAGAGUAGAACCGUGCUCCAGAAGGUUUUCAGUAGCUGAUUUUUUGGAUGUAGAUUGCUGGGCCUUUCUUCUGAGGCACAUCUGGGGGUGGACUCAAACCUCCAACCUUUCAGUUAGCAGCUGAGUACAUUAACCAUUUGCACCAUGGAGGGAAUUAAUUAAUCAGUAAACACAAUCAGAUAUGUAGAGUGGACAGCUUCCUUCCUAUAGACCUGCAUCUGAGUCCUUUGUGGCUCCUGGCACCUAGGGUUCCACUUUCCUGGCAUUGUAAAUUAGGAAGGAACUUGACACGGUGUGUUAUGGCCCCUUUCAAGGAUUAUAAAUGUUUCUCAGUGACCUGGAGGAAGGAUGUUCCAUCGGUGUCCCCUUCGGAAAUAGUGCUGGGAGGCUUGCUGCCAGCUUUUCAGGAAGAUCCUCAUUCCGUGUGGCCACAAGUGGCCGUGCAAGUUACGUGUUCUUGAGCAUUUGAGGGGAUGGGGAAAUAAGGAUUGUCUUUGUCCCUGAGAGAAACACGAAGAGAAGUAAAACCAUGUGCACUAGCAAGAAGUAUCUGGUAGGCUCUCAGCCUCGUGGUCCUCUCUGUGAUGCCUUUUAACAUCCGGUCCUUGAAACACUGAAAUGCUUUAAGCUCUAAGUCAUGAAAAGGCUUGCUUGUUUGCCCUGCUGUCCUUGGGGGCGGGGUGGCUGCACUUCCUGGAUGCCAUGUUAGUGUCCAGGGGUCCGGAGACUCCAUCUCUUAUUAAUUGCGACAAUCAACUAUUUUUAACAGUAGGAGAAGUGGAAAUGCUGAGCUCAUAGUUGUUGUGAAAAAGCCUCUUUCACUUAGCUGUCUUGCAGAUCUUUGUCCAGUAAUGGAGGAGCGGCCCUGUGGGCCUCAUCAUUUGUGCUGCGUUACCUUUGUGUGUGUAAGUAAGAUGGAGGAAAGCACAAAAAGGAGAGAGGAGAGGCUAAACCCUCUGAUUUCAAAAUCAAAUCAAAAAAAUUUCCCAAAUUGUAAGUGAUAAAAGGACAGUCAUUGUCAAGGGCAUGGUGGGAUCAGAUGUAAUUCAGAUGUAAGCUGUUGGGCCACUUGGACGCCGAUACGGUUCUCAAACACACGGCCCUAUUCGAGGCUGGUGCGUGUGUCACCCCUAUUUUGCAGGUGAGAGGAGUGGGUGGGAGACCAUCUGGGGCUCUCCUGAGUCACAGAGUAGGUGGCGGAGCAGCAGGGCCCAGUCCUGAUGUGCGUCCCAGACAUACACUUCCUCCACCGCUCCCCGUUUGCACGAGGCCCGCACGCAGAAGGCACAUCUGAUGGUGCGUGAGGUCAGGAAGGUAGUGAGGGGUCGAGACAGCCGAGGGCUGCUUCCCCUCUCACCUCUGUCCACAGCUGGUACUGGGACCCGAGCACGGAGUGGGGUCCUGUACACGGCGGUGCCCCCAACUGUGAGGCCUUACGCCGAGCUGGCUUCUCCGAGCUCUGCUUAUGCGCCCUUUCUGCUGAGAAUAUUUUGGGGGCUGCUCUUCCCCCAUCUUGUCUGGUGUUCAUUGCUACUGACUGUAGAAAAGAACCAUUUUGUUGAAGAUGGAACACUCUCCCAGUCGUGACCAGCUUCCUUUAGACAUGGUGGUCCAAGGCCACGGUUUCACUUCUGUGGACCUCUGAAACGCCUUCGUGGAUGUAAAGACGUGCACGGUGGCAUCCGGUUUGCAGAAGUUCAAAGCCCCUGUCUGCCACCUCCCAGGGCAGGGCAGAAGGAGCACUAGAGCGCUAACACCUGUUCUCAGUGACGUGGAAGCCAGAGGCAGAGAUUCUUAAAAGAUUUGGUUUCUCCCUUCAUUCCUAAUUGUUUGUGUGCAAAUCUAUUUGUAGUAGAUUAAAGGAGAGAUCUAAUAAUGAUAUAAUUUAGAGGGUUCUGGCCCAAACAUUGAUAUUGCUUACAUUUUACUGUUGCCACAAACUGAUUACUAUAAAGGGUCUCCGUUGUUCAAAGGCAGUAAAAACAAGCUGCGAUGUCAGGAGGCUGUUAUUUAUUUAUUUAUUUAUUAGUGCUUAAAGCUUUUUUUUUUUUUUGUAUUUUGUAAUACAAGUGUCUGUUGUCAUCACAUCUGUUUGGUUUCUGAGUUUGAAAAGCAAGAGCUCUCUGAUAGCAGGGGUUUGGAUAGAAGGAAUGCCUGUAUUUCCUUAGGCUGUAUUUCCAAAAGAGACAUUAAUGAAUUAAAUCUUUUUGUAUAUAUUAGCACCUUGCUUUCUAUAGAAAUGCAAUUGAUUCAUAGAACCUUAGUACAACCCCUUUACUUAACAGAUGUACAGACUAAAAAGUUCAGGGGAGGAAAGUACUACCCAGGGUAAAAUUCAGGACCCAGCAAUGUAUGAGAGUUUUAGUUGUCCUGUAUCUUCACCGACACUUGGUAUUGUCAAAUGUUUAAAAAGCCAUUGGAGUAGAUGUGUAGCGGUAUCUCAUUGUGGGUUUAAUUUGAAUUUUGUUAAUAACUAAGGAUGUUGAGCAUCUUUUCAUAUGCUUAUUUGCUUCUGGUAUAUCUUUGGUAAAUUGUUAAAUCUUGUGCACGUUUUAAAAAUUGGGCUAUUUGUUCUCUUACUGUUAAGUUUUCGGAGUUCAUUAUACAUUCUGGAUACAACAAGUCUCUUGUCAGUUACGUGAUUUGCAGAAUUUUUCUCUGGUCUGUGACUUGUCUUUUCGUCCUUUUUACAAUGUCUUUCUCAGCAAAAGUUUUUUUUUUUUUUUUUUCUUUUAUGGAUCAUGCUUUUCUUGUCAUAUCUAAGAACUCUUUGCCCUAUACAAAGUUGUAAAGAUUUUUAUCCCAUGUUUUCUUCUAGGUGUUUUAUAGUUUUCGGUUUUACAUUUAGGUCUUGAUCCAUUUUGAGUUAAUUUUUGUACAAGAUGUGAGGUAUGGGUUGAGGUACAUUUUUUUCAUAUGGAUGUCCAGUUAUUCCAGCACCACUUGUUGAAAAGAUUAUCCUUUCUUCAUUGGAUUGUCUUUACAUCUGCCAAAUCAAUUGACCAUGUUUAUGUUAUGUGGGUCUAUUUCUGGACUCUCUAUUCUGUUUCACUGAUGCAUGAGUAUAUCCUUUCGUGAAACCACAGUGCCUUGAUUACUGUAGCUUUAUAUUAACUCUUGAAAUCAGGUAGCAUGUCUUCCAACUUUGUUCUUCUUUUUGAAAAUUGUUUUGGCUUUUCUAGUUCCUCUGCCUUUCUAUAUAAAUUUUAGAAUCAGUUUAUCAACAUCUAAAAAAUUUCUGGAAUUUGAUUGUGAUUGCAUUGAUUCUUUAGAUCACUUUGGAAAGAAUUGACAUUUUAACAAUAUUAAGUCUUCCAAGCCAUGAACAUGGUAUAUCUCGCCAUUGAUUUAGGUGUUCUUUAAUUUCUCACAUCAUUGUUGUGUAGUUUUCAGCUUACAGAACCUGUACAUAUCUUGUUAGGUUUAUACCUAAGUAUUUCAUAUUUUUUAGUGCUGCCAUAAAUGGUAUUUUUAAGUUUUCAAUUUACGGUUGUUUAUUGCUAAUUGAUUUUUGUAUAUUGUAUCCUGUACGUUCAUUAAAAAAGGAAAUUCACCAUCAUUAGGGUUAUUUCUUCAAGUUUUCACUACCCUUUUCCCUAAUCUGCUUGCAAUUAUCUAGUUUUCAUAGUUCCAAGUUCAUUGCUUUUUUUAUUUUGUGUCCAGAGUGUUUAGUUGUGACUCAUGGGAGAGAAAGGCUAUAGUGGUAUUACUCUAUCUUGGCCAGCACUGGAGCUUAUUAUUUAUUCUGGUGCUCAAACUACCCCAAAUUUGACCAGAGGGAGACCCUUCAUGAUGGCUUCGGUGUCCCUUUGACAUGACUCAUCAUUUUUUUAGCGUUUUCUUUAUUUCUAGCCCAAGAUGUUCAGGAUUCAUCUUGUACCUUUCUUGUCUCAAUUCUGGAAUCAGCCAUUUCUCCAAAACACCCUUGUUAUUUCAGUAGAGAAUGGUGUUUAGAAAUCAAGAUCCGGGCACUAGGUUUGUUAAUUGCUGUAGGGGUAAUCAGUGCUCCCAGGGCAUCUGAUGGACAGAGCUAGGGUGUGUAUGUGCUUAAGAACUCGGCUGCUAACAAAAAGGUUGGCAGUUUGAUAAUCACCAGCCGCUCCUUGGAAACCAUAUGAGGCAGUUUGUAUGGGCUGCUGUGAGUUGGAAUUGACUCUAUGGCAACAGGUUUUUGUUUCUGUUUUUUGAUAUAUUUAUAUCUAUAUUUAUUUUUAUAUUUAUCUAUACCUGUUGAAAUUCAUGGGUUCAUACCAACACCUCCAACUCUAAUCCAGCCCUACAGGGAGUAUAGUAAAAGAAAAAAAAUUGAUGAUUGAAGACUUUCGCUGGUUUAUUCUAAUUUUUUCUCUUUCCAUGUAUUUAACUCCCUUUUCUAACAGAGAGAAGCCUGGCUGUCAGUAUCUUCCUUAAUCACUCUUUUUUUUAAUUGUGCUAAGUGAAAGUUUACAGUUCAAGUUAGUUUCUCAUACAUGUAUAUAUACAUUGUUAUGUGACCUUAGUUGCUCUCCCUGUAAUGUGACAGCAUACUCGUCCUUUCCACCCCGGAUCUCCCGUGUCCAUUCAGCCAGCUCCUGUCCUUUUUUUUUUUCCUUCUCAUCUCACCUCUGGACAGGAGCUACCCGCUUAGUCUCAUGUAUCUACUUGAGUUAAGAAGCACUGUCUUCACAAGUAUCAUUUUUAUGUCUUAUAGUCCAUUCUAAUCCUUGUCUAAACAGUUGGCUUUGGGGAUGGUUUCAUUUCUGGGCUAACAGAGUCUGGAGGCCAUGUCCUCUGGGGUCCCACCAGUCUCCGUCAAACCAUUAAGUCUGGUCUUUUUACUAGAAUUUGAGUUCUGCAGCCUACUUUUCUCCUGCUCUGUCAGGGCCUCUCUGUUGUGUUCCCUGUCAGGGCAGUCAUUAGUGGUAGCCGGGCACCGUCUAGUUCUUCUCGUCUCAGGCUGAUGGAGUCUCUGGUUUAUGUGGCCCUUUCUGUUUCUUGGGCUCAUAUUUUCCUUAUGUCUUUGGUGUUCUUCAUUUUCCUUUGCUGUAGGUAGAUUGGGACCAAUUGACGCAUCUUAGAUGGCCGCUUGCUAGCUUUUAAGACCCCAGUAGAGGAGGCUGUUUUAUUUUUAUUUAUUUAUUGUGCUCUAGGUGAGAGUUUACAGAUCAAGUGAGUCUCUCCUACAAAAAGCCAUACACACCCCACUGUGCACUCCCAGCUGCUCUCCCCUUAAUGAGACAGCACAUUCCUCCUCUCUACCCUGUGUUCUCUGUGUCCAUUCAGCCAGCUCCUGCCCCCCCUUCCUUGUUACUUUGUCACCAGACAGGAGUCACCCAAAUACUCUCAUGUGUCUGCUUGAGCCACGAAGUUCACUCCUCACCAGCGUCAUUGUCUGUCUUAUAGUCCAGGCCAGUCCCUGCGUGUAGAGUUGGUUUCAGGAAUGGUUCCAAUCUUGGGCUAUCAAAGGGUCUGAGGACCAUGACCGUCGGGGUCCCUCUGGUCUCAGUCAGACCAUUAAGCCUGGUCUUUUUAUGAGAAUUUGAGAUCUGCAUCCCACUGUUCUCCUGCUCCAUCAGGGAUUCUCCGUUGUUUUCCCUGUCAGGGCAGUGAUCGAUGGUAGCUGGGCCCCAUGUAGUUCUUCCAGUCUCAGGCUGAUGGAGUCUCUGGCUUAUGUGGCCCUUUCUGUUUCUUGGGCUCAUGUUUACCUUGUGUCUUUCGUGUUCUUCAUUCUCCUUUGUCCCAGGUGGGUCGAGACCAAUUUAAGCAUCCUAGAUGGCUGCUUGCUAGCAUUUUAGACCGUGGACGCCUCUCACCAAAGUGGAAUGCAGACCGUUUUCUUAAUACGUUUUGUCAUGCCAGUUGACUUACAUGCCGCCUGAUACCAUGGUCCCCAGAACCCCGUCCCUGUUAGUCUGGCCUUUAAUGCUUUUGGUCGUAUUGAGGAAAUUGCUUUUGGUUUAGUCCAAUUGUACUGAGUAUCCCUGUGUUAUGUGUUGCCCUUCCCUUCACCUAAAAAAAUUUUUGCCUACUAUCUGGUUAGUGAAUAUUGCUUUCCCUCCCCACCCUCGUAACCGUCGAAGAACAUUUUCUUCUGUGUUUAAACUUUACCUGGAGUUCUUAUAAUAGUGGUUUCAUACAAUAUUUGGAGGAGGCUGUUUUUAAAUGCACGUGUGUACUUCCAGUUGACGUUGAACUUGUAUGGAAUAUAAAAUGGCAGGCUGCUCACUGGCUUCGAGUCAGUGGGAAAUGGCCUGGGACUGGAUGGAUUCUGCGAAGCCCAUUCAGGAAGCCCCAGGUCAGAACUUCCCUGUGAGAAAUGUCCCUGAAGAUCAUCCCUCACCCCUGACGCCACCUGCACCCCCCGAGCUUUCCCCUCGAUUGUCUGAGAACAGCGUCUUCUCAGAAAUGUUUUGAGCAGCGUCUUCCUUCUUUUAUUCUGCUUAUUGUUAGAAUCGAUAGCAUUGAACCAAAAUACCAGUUGUUGUCAAGUCAGUUCCGACUCAUGGCAGCCUCAUGUGUGUCAGACUAGAACCGUGCUCCCUAAGGUUUUAGUGACUGAUUUUUCACAAGUGGAUCGCGAGGCCUUUCUUCCACGGCGCCUCUGGGUGGACUCAAACCUCCAGCCUUGCAGUUAGCAGCAGCACGUUGCCCAUCUGCACCACCCAGGGACUCCAGAUCCAACACUAAGAAAACUAAAUGGGUGUGGUUUUAAAGGCAAACCUCACAAGGAGAACUAGCAGCCGGGUUGGGGAUUUGCAUUUAAUUUUACAGUUGUUUUGCAUUUAUCCGUUAUCUUGCAAAAUCAUGUCUAAAAACAGUGAGACACGUCAUGGAAACAUGCCCUCUUUUCCCCUAUAAUUGACUUAACAGCCUUCCUAAAUAGGAAUGCGGUUCCUUUCUUUAAAAAGGAAUUUAAGAUUAGACGUGUCGGUGUCUCCGAGGUAGACCUACUCUAGAAAGUCACUGUGUCUAAUACAGAAAGCUUUUUAUCAUUAGAGGCAUCGGGUGCGCAAGCUUGCUG